AUUAUUAGUCUAACUUUGUCGGUUGCGAAUUGCGUCAGCGUCAACAAGGAAAUAUCCCGUCCGCUCCUGUGCUGUGUGCAGCAUACCGUACGCUGUCACAGAGAUCUCCCAUGUUUACAAAUCGAAUCGGCGCGGCGGGGUCCCGGGUGUGCAAUGUGUGAGACAGAGCUCAGAGUCCAUCAUGAAACCAUCAUGGCCAUGGGUUAUGAGAUCGAGGCCGAGGUGAAUGAUCUUAAUCCCAUGUUGGAUUCGCUGGCUGACUGGAAGCACAUUAUAGUCCGCGCAGAUGCGUGGUUACAAUGGGACGAAGACUCUUACCCGUACAUCAUGUGUGCUGCAAUCACUGUCUUCUACAUCUUGAUUUGGUUGAUACAGCCCUCUAUCCUUACCACAGUGUCUCUCAUCAUCAUGACGGUGUGCCUUCUAGACUUCAUGGUACCCAGUGUCUUCAAGGAAUACUUCAAGAAGCAAGCAUGGUCAGAAUUUAAACAGAGGAGGUAUGAAAAAUGCUGCAGUAAACUGCUUAACACUCAGAAGAUGUUCAUGUCAACUGGAAGGUGGAUUCUAAACUUACGAGAAAAGAAGCCCAAAUAUUACUUCCUUGGAGCUUCAGUGACACUUCUAACUAUUGCAUUUGUGGGCAAUUCCAUCCAUGGUCUCUUUCUAGCAUAUCUAUCCACUAUAUUUCUGGCAUUGUUUCCCGGUCUGCUGUACUAUGGAAUCUUAGCCUCGUGGUACGCUAAGGUGCUUGAGGUGUUUGUCAAUCUACUUAAAGGACACAAAAAGAGAGAUUAGUUUCUUCGAUCAAGUCUUCAUACAUGUAGUUACAGCUCUUAGUGUUCGACAUUGGUGUAACACCACUUCAAUGGCGGAUGAACAUUGGAACCUUGAAGUUUUGAUUUUGCUGGUGUCUUUCGUCAUCAAGGGUUAAAUCUUCUAAGGCAUCCCCAAGAUGCCUAAAGGGCAGUAGAUGGAGGUCAUCAAGGCCUAUUGAAAUGCUGCCCACAAGUCUUGCUAAAUGUGACAUGAAAAUUCUAGAACACUGUAGGAAAUCUUGCAAAUUUGCUGGUGCUCUAUCUUUAACCAUUGAUUACCUUUCUACAUGUUUAAUGAGUUUGAUAAGCCCCUCCCCCUCUCAUUUUUUUAAUGCAGUGAUAUGAUGUUGAACAUGCACAACUUGUAUUGAAAAUAAUGAUAACUGUCCAUGAUAACUAUCCAGUAAUGGCGGAUGCAGGUACCAGGUAUUGUAGUUAUGGAUUGUAAGGAUGCCUUCCCUAUAAUAUGCUUGCUUAGUAUGCUGUGAGGGAUUUAUGAACAUGGGAGGUUACCUUACAAAGUUUAAAGUGCUCUUUCACAUUAAAAAAAAAACCUUUUCAUCUUUUGGUAGCCCCCUGCAAUGGCAUGACUACUUUAAUACAUUCACAGUGAUAAUAUGAUGUUGCUCAGUUCAUUGAUGAACAAAUAAGUAUCAUCUACAUGUCAGUUUGACACAGCAACAUGACUAUUGAUCCAAAUAACUUACAUUUCGGUGAAUGUCAGAACAACAAAAAAUAACAUGUCAAUUUUAGUGUUGAAACAAAAUCUACAUUUAAGUCUAAAGUACUUUGUACAGCAUAAUUGCAAAGACCUAAAAUUGUGUUAUGGAGUCAUGGCUAUUUAGUCUGUGUUGAAAAAUAGGCCGUCUCCAUUUUUAAAAUAUAAGUGGAUAUUUUUUGGUAUUUUGUACAUACCUCAUCUAUGAACCGAUCUAUUAAAAACUCAUUACUAUUUCUAUUUUGGAGAAGUGAUUUCUAUUUUCUGGCCUUCAAACCAAAGUUAUACACCCUACAUUCCUUUUGAUUUCUGAAAACAUCAGUAUAUAUAUCCCUGAUUUUGGCUAUGCAGAUUCCUAAUUUUUGCUGUGAAAGUUAAGCUGGCAGGUAUGGUAACUUGUAAAAACACAUGUGGAAGGAAGUCUGUGAACAUCUCAACAUAAGGCAGUUCAUGACCGAUUUGUACUUCCUUCCGUUUCUUUUCCUCUUGAAAGUUCACAGGCCAAUUAAGUUCAGUAUGCAACUAAGUCAGAAAUUCUGAACAGAAAUAAAAACUAAGGUAAUUACUUGAGUAUGGCAGAAUUUUGCUGGGGAAUGGGGACCUUUUUGAAGGAGAGUUGUUGGGGGGGGGGGGGGGGUGCGCUAGGAUUUUAAUCCCUCCUGCUUUGAUUUAUGUUCCAUCUUUUUGUAUUUGCAGAAAACUUAUUUGUUGAGAUCAUUCCUGUCAGCAUUGAUAAAUUGUAUUUUUGCGGGCAAGAGUUUUUUUGCUUCAUCCAGUAACUUAUCGGCAAAUGUAACAAUGAUGGAACAAGCAGCAUGAAAAAUAGGUUAAGAGUGAAAUAUAGAUCAAACAACUUGAUUUCAAUAAGAUGAAGAUAUGAUAAUACUGUAUGUUAUAAUGUAUGUAUUUUAUAUGUUAUUCCAUCCACCUGUAUCUUACAUUGAAAAUAAUUUGUAUAUAUUAUGGUAUUUACAGUAUGUAUAUAAAUUUAAGAUAUUGUAUUAUUGUUGUUCCAAACAUUGUUAUUCCAUUACUUGUUGUAGUUUGUAUGUAUAAAUGUAUAUAAGAUUUCUCUAUAUAAGUUGCAUGUAUAUAAUUCAUGUUAUUAUUACUCUUUUACAGUUCCAUUUUGCUGAAAUAUUCAUAAUUGCAUUUAAAUGUGUUCGUAAAAGAUCUAGCAAUCCCUCUAGGUGUCAAAUGGAAGAUAUUCUAACAGAUUAAUGAUUAAUGAUUAUAACUGAAAUUGCAUAGAACAAUGCCCUUGCUCAUAACAUUUACUGAAUUUGUUCUUUGUUUUACAGUAAUUUCUGUUAUGAAAACAAAUCUAUCUAUAUGAUUUUAUCCAGUAUAUGAUCAAAGUCAACUUGUUGAAUUAUAAGUCUAGUCAAAAUUGAUUAAUUAAACAAUUGUAAAACCUAUUUCCAGGUCUUUUUCAAGUUACAUUAUUUGUUGAUCCAUACAAAAUUUGGAAAUUUUUGAAUUAAAUACUAGAAGUAGUUGUACAUGUUUAUCACGAUUUUGACAACAUACAUGUGGUUGUAUUUUUUUUUGUAAAGCAUAAUACAUGUAGAUAUGAGCACAAUGGCUGUACUAAUUCACACAAUUUUCCACCUUUCUAUUUCUGAUUUCAUUGUAUUGUUAAAUUGCUUGUAUGUACAUGUAUAAACCAAAGAUAUUAUAGAAAGGAUCUUCUUGGCCAUAUUUUGCCACGAUUGCAAAUAAACAACAGAGUACAUUGUAAAUGCAGCUGAGGGAUACUGCAGAAAAGAAUAAAGACAAUCUAAAUAUCUAAUCCCACUAAUUCUUUGUGGUAUAAAUGUACUUUUUUUUAAAGAUGUGAUGGUUUGUGAAUGAUUCAAAGUGAAUGGGAAAGAAGAAAUUUGGGACAAGCAAACAAGGUAGAAAGCUUAUUUGACUUUGACUUCAGUAAACAUGUGUAUUGUUCAGUAGGCAACAUUCUACAUUUUAUCAAAAUUUAAAAAGAGUUUGUUUAUUUGUUUAUUAGUAUAUAUGUUUAAUCAUCAAAAUAUUUGCACCAUUACCCAAUGGUACAAAGAAAAAAAGAGUCACAUUUGAUACUUUUUUUUGUUAAAGUUUUGAUACAAUUGUUACUUGUUGGUUAAUGUUGAAUUCUGAUGCAAAUUAUUAGUAUUGAAUUGUUCAUCACGUGUUGAUAUUUGUAAUGUUUGUAACUUUGUGCUAAAUAAAAGUGUUUUAUCUUGUUAAUGAUCUUUGAUGAAUUAUAAA